GUACUGGGGCGAGUACUUCCCCCUCGGCGGCCUCGGCGGCCUGCCGCUGGUCGGCAAGACGGGCUGGGGCGCCUUCUCGCACCACUGCCCGGAGGAAGCGGCAACAUCUUCGUCAUGUACGGCCCCCACGUCGGCAUCACCGAGGCCGGCGAGAUCGGCAAGUUCAACCGCGUCGGCCAGAACAGCACCUCCAGCCGCGUGCGGGGCCUUCGUCGGCGCCUACAAGCAGACGAUGAACUGGUCCGGACG